GAAGAGCGACACCCAGGUUGAGCCGACGCUUGGAGUUACAAGUAGGGAACAUUUCGGGCGCUGUGGGGUAAACAAGGUCUGUGCAAAAGUAAAGGGCGUCUCUGAUGGUGGCAGGAGCCCGAUAGAAAGCUGUCAGGACUGGAGGCGGUGCGCGGAAAGAGCCCGUGGUCCUGAUCGUUUUUCACUGAAGACAAAUGGUUUUGAGCCAUGGAUCCAGCUGUUGUGGACGGUCCUGUCACCCUGGUCAUCAGGGCUCCCAAUCAGAAGUACGAUGACCAGACGAUCAACUGUUACCAGAACUGGACUGUGGAGAAACUGAAGGCGCACCUGUCUGAUGUUUACCCCAGUAAACCAAGCUCCAAAGACCAGAGGUUGGUGUAUUCUGGAAAGCUGCUGUUGGAUCACUUUACCUUAAAAGAUGUGCUCAGGAAGCAGGACGAGUACCAUAUGCUCCAUCUGGUGUGCGCCUCCAGAACCCCUCCCAGCUCCCCGAAGCCCCCCCGCAGCCGCAGUAACAAGCCUCAGGAGAGCGCAGCCGGUCCCACGGCCCCUCAGAGCUCCAGUAGUCCUGGUCAGGAUGGCCAGACGCCCACAGGAGAGAGCAGCGAUGGGCUCAGACAGCGAGCCGGACCCUUCCCUUACCACCAGAUGUAUCCACAGUUUAUGCACAGCUGGAACCACUUCCCCUCACAGCCUCCUGCUCCCACCAACAUGCCUGCGUAUUACAACCCCAUGACCCACAUGUGGUGGCAGCAGCUGUACGCCCGACAGUUCUACAUGCAUUACCAGCUGCUGGCUGCCUCCUCCCAGAACCUCAGGCCCGACCAGCCUUUGAAUCAGCCCAACCCGUCGGACCCCCUGAGCCAGCGGCCGCAAGUGGGUCGCCACGGCAACCCGGAAGUCCAGAUGAACGCCCAGGGAGGGGAGAUCCUGAACGAGGAGGAGCUCAACCGCGACUGGCUGGACUGGGUGUACACGUUCUCGCGCGCCGCCAUCCUGCUCAGUAUCGUCUACUUCUACUCGUCGUUCAGCCGCUUCGUCAUGGUGAUGAUGGCCAUGCUGGUGCUCUACCUGCACCAGGCCGGCUGGUUUCCAUUUAACCUGGAAAACGAACUCCAGCUUCCUGGAGACAGAGUCAACCAGGACGACAUGGAGGGAGACCUGCAGAACCACGACUUACAAGAAAUGGAGGGGGCCCUGGACGACGGCUCCGAUGACGAGAGCGGAGAGGAAGGAGCAGAGGACCCCAACAGCGCCCCCCACGCAGGCUUCCUGUCCUCCACGUGGUCCUUCAUCAUCACCUUCUUCAUGUCACUGAUCCCAGAGGGGCCGCCCAACGCCGCCAACUGAACGUCGAGCGCCGCCGCCGUUCCCUCGGCGGUCACUUCUUCAAGAGGAGGGCAAAGCUCCCACCUGCUGAGGGAAACUGUCUCCGUUGCUACGCAGUGUUAUAGUUUCCCGCUAGUCCGCUCCGUACGUGAAACUCUGAGCCGAAACACAAGCGACCGAUUUAACCUGAAAACAGAAAGAAACGGUCAUCUCAUAUGGAGUCUUUUUGUUUGUUUGUUUGUUUGUCUGCACCAAGACAAAAAUGUCAAACGACACGAGCAUUAGUUUAACGAGCGUUUCUAGCGAUGCCUUGUGAACACAGCGACAGCAGCAGCAGGUUCAUCAUCACAACUCAUUACAGCACCGUUGUUGUUUUUUUCUUUUCUUUGUAAGAAGCUGCAAUAUUUGUUCAAAUAGUUUUGCUUGAAUUGUUAUGAGUAACAGUGGUUACAUUAAAAUAAGACACUUUUUUUUAAAAAAGAGCCACUUUAAGUCCAGAAUUUCAACAGAAUAAUCGUGAAUCUUAUGGACGGAGUUACACGAGUGAUCGUCUGAACACAUCAGUGGUGUGUUGACGUGAAACCCAGAGUGAUGCUGCUUACUGAGCUGUUUCUCUUUUCUUUUUUUUCUUUUUUUUAAUCGAACGAUGUACCACUAAUUCUUUCAGAAGAAUUUCACCUUUAACGGAGCAUCGCUGUCAGUGUGGCAUCGAGUGAACAAUUAAGAAAAAAUCGCAGCACUGCCACGUAGCAGAGGUCAAGUAGGACGAGUAAUAAUGAUAAUGCACCUCCCGAGUUUCUGGAAAUGAAUCCUGCUGUUAACAUGUUGUGUACCGAUUAUAAUGUCCAUGUUUAUUAAAAAUACAUCCAUUGUAAUGA